UUCCCCUUAUUCAAAGAAAAUAAACAACGAAGAUACACCCAGAAAAUUCUAGCAAUCCACAAAUUUUGUAUAAAUACGCCAAUGCACUGGCGAAAUUCAUCAGUUUAUUUGAAAGUUGAAAGAAACCGCUAAGCAAAGCAAAGUUCUCUUAAAGAUUUUUAAAAUUUUUGAAGUACCUAUUUUGUUUUAAAGUAAAAAGAUAGAAAAAAACAGUGAACAAAAUGUCAUCAUUGCAACUACUCUUGGAUUUGGCUGAUAGUUUGGACUCUAUGUCCUCACCAUACUACAAUAGGGGCUUUGGUUUGGGUUUAGACCCUUAUCAAAUUCAGAGAUACGAAAGUCCUAGAAUUUUACGUUUGCCGUUGGCCUUGAGAAACCGUUUGGAAGAUCAGCCAAUGCAAUUACGUUCGAAAAACAACUCUGGAACAAUUUCGAACAUUGGAAAAGAUGGAUUCCAGGUUUGCAUGGAUGUUCAGCAAUUCAAACCAAGUGAAUUGUCAGUUAAAGUUGUGGACAACGCUGUAGUUGUGGAGGGCAAACAUGAAGAGCGAGAAGAUGAUCACGGAUACAUCUCACGGCACUUUGUUCGUAGAUAUGCACUGCCAAAGGGCUAUGAUUCUAACAAAGUUCUUUCGACAUUGUCAUCGGAUGGCGUUUUGACAGUGAGCAUUCCAAAGCCAGCUAUCGAAGAUAAGCCAGCUGAAAAAAUUAUACAAAUUCAACAAACUGGACCAGCACAUCUCAAUGUGAAGGAAAAUGCUCAAGAGAAGCCCAAAGAAGUCGAAGACAAAAGCGCCAAAGAAUAAAAUUUUAAACUGUUUUGAGAAAAACAUAUUUCCUUAGACUGAACUCAUUAUAUUACAACUUAUGUUCCAUUACCAUAAACUGCCUAUUUCAUAUAAAAUAAAAAUAUUAAAUAAU